AGGGGCAGUGCGCUAUAUACAAAGUGUUGAUACUGAGUUGGAUACUUGGAGUUCCAUGUCUGGGUCCACCUCUGCUGGAAGGAUGAAGACGUUGAGCGUUCUCUUAGCUGUGACUCUUUGUUCGUGGUUGGUGACUUGUGUGCCAACUCAGGAGAAGAAAGAUCGCAUCCACCACCAUAAAGACUUGAGCGACCACAAGCACGAUGACAGCAAGGACUUCCAGUAUGACCACGAAGCCUUCCUGGGCAAGGAGGAAGCGAAGACAUUUGACCAGCUGACCCCAGAGGAGAGCAAAGAGAGACUGGGGAAAAUGGUCGAUAAGAUUGACAGCAAUAAUGAUACCUAUGUCACGGCGGCUGAACUCCUGGCGUGGAUUAAGUUUGUACACGGGCGCUUUGUCUCAGAAGAUGUAGAAAAACAAAUGGCGAUAGUUGAUAAGAACCGUGACGGCUCUGUGUCUUGGGAGGAGUACUACAAACACACCUACUCCCAUCUGAUAGAUGAAGAAGCAUUUUACGAUGUAGUUGACAAGGAAAGAUACAGACAGAUGAUGAAACGGGAUGAGCGCCGAUUUAAGCAAGCAAACAAAGAUGGUGACUUGAUUGCCACCCGGGAAGAGUUCACUGCAUUCCUGCACCCAGAAGAGUUUGACUAUAUGAAGGAUAUGGUGGUCACAGAAACCAUAGAGGACCUAGAUAAAAAUGGAGAUGGUGUAGUGGACGUUAAUGAAUACAUUGCGGAUAUGUACACUCCUGAAAGCGAUGAACCCGAGCCUGAAUGGGUGAACACCGAGCGUCAGCAGUUUAAAGAUCACCGUGACUUGAACAAAGAUGGGAAAUUGGACCACUCUGAGAUCAGUCAUUGGAUCCAUCCACAUGAAUACGAUCACGCUGACUUGGAGGCCAAACAUCUCGUCUAUGAGUCUGAUAAAGACAAGGACGAUAAACUAACCAAAAAUGAGAUACUGGAGAACUGGAACAUGUUUGUCGGCAGUCAAGCAACUAACUACGGUGAAGACUUGACACGGCGGCACGAUGAAUUUUAAUGGAAGUCUGUCUGUGUGCUCCUGGUUGAGCUCAUACCGCCUCAGCACAUUGCUGAUGCCUUAGAGACUGGAUUCCAGUUGUGGCAAUGGGAACUUUGGGACAAGGGGGCUGAAUCUCUGUAUUGUUUUACAUACAGUACCACUUUUUUUUUUUUUUUCCCCUCCAUAACAAGAGACUUGUCCGAUGCUCAGGAAACUGCUGCAGCCGUCUACAACUAUUUUGUAUGCGAC